CAGAGACUAAGGCAGCUCCGAAAGAUUUAUCCUCGCUUUCAGUAAGUCCAUUUGGAUCCCAUUGGACACAUCCCUAGUCUCCAGGCUCGUCGGAUAUCAACCAAUACCGUUGAGUCGUCAUGCGUGCAAUCUUCGAGGUCAUGGGGACGACCAUCCCAGGAGUCGUCAGGCUAGGAACAUCUGGAACUCAGCAGCAUCUUCCAGACGACUAGGCGCCUUCCCGACUGAACUCGUCUCAUUCUCAUAGCAGGAAUGGAUACGGACCUGAUCCCACCAUGAUGCUCCAUGUUGAACGGAUCCAACCGCUCAGACGAAACAUUUGAAAGAACACAGCGAACUACGAGGGAGAAGGGAAGGCACGUACCGAAAAGCAUGCGAUGAAAGAACAUCGAAGCCACCCUCUAUCUCUGAUUGCCGAGAUCAUCUGGAUACUCUCGCCAGAAGGGCCGAAAGGUUUGCAACGAAUGUUCAGCAUAGCCGGUGUGUGUUUUGAUCUGGGCAAAAUCACUGACCGUAUCCAGUACCCUGUACUUCCUACUCCUUGCCGACUUACCAGACUGAGAGCUGGGUGACCAUGAACCACUCGGGGACCAAUAUGCCCGGCAUGCUCUCACGAGACCUCCAUACCAGAUGGGAACGUUGUACUCGCCGACAUAACACAGGAUUGAACGCGAUUGCCAUGCACUAACCGGGUGAACGAUGGUCGAUUUCCAAGACUGACUUGACCUGCACGACUCCAAUCACCACAGCAUCUCUCAUACUGACUGAUAGUCAUGACGUUCGGAGACCAAAACUCUCAUGGGAAGACCAUCAGGCUAAUUGCGCCGAUCAAAACGGCUGUAGCUAGCGGGCCUGUCCGAUCUUUCGUAUCUUUCGUCCACAGGUCGAUAUUACGCCUCGAAUAUGUAUAUCAGAUGAGAGGAGACGAAAGUCUGCUGUACGGGUACUACGAUUUCCUUUCCUACAUUUGGGCAAAUUCGAUCGACCACUACACCGCACCUUGUUGACUCCCUCACUCAUACGAGGUACGGCGGGCAUUGAUUUUGAUCUUUACGAUCGGCACAAACACCCGUCUUGAUCAACGUCACGUUUUUGGUUUCUCACAGAUCGUCGAUGUACGCUACUGGUACUCCGGACGGGGCAGACUAUUGCAUCCUCUUGCAAGUAGCCCAAAGAUCAGCGCAUGUUAGGCGAAGUUUCAGCCCCAGAUCGAUGGUGGAUACUAGUAUGAAUUCAAACCUCAGCCUCGUGGAUCAACAUGUUUUUGUGAUCUGGGUAGAGAAUGGUUUGAUUGGUGGGAUGGAAUAUGCAUGUCUCAAAUCCAUCUUCCAACGGCCGAAACAAAACAAACAAACAAACACAUACUGUACACAUUCGUACAGGACUACCCAUGGGUAACUGCCCGUCAUCGAGAUGGUACUGAACGAGUACAGUUUUGUCGGUCUCGAUCGAAAAGAUCGGUCUGGAGAUGGACAAGACCGACUGCCAGACAGGCCCAGCCACCCGGAUUUACCUACGGCAUGUAUCCGUACAUGUCAGACAUUAACCGCGAGACAAGGUGACGGCUUUGACGUGCGGACUAUCUACUGUGCAGGAUGUCAGAGACUGACUUGUGCGAUCCCGCUAACAUCGCAAGUCUGGCGGGUUAUGGGAAUUAUUACGGUGUUUUCUGUUUGGCGCUUUGUUACGGUUAUGCCGCGUCAAGACUAUCCGAAGGUCCAAAGUCCGCCCAUAGUUCCUACAGUAGUUUUGUCCGUAGCUUCGAUCCAGAGAGCCUUGCAGUCGCGGGUGUGCCUGGCAAGCCCGUAAGCCUUGGUUCAUAUGGAUGGCUCAGUGAUGCCGAUGUGAUUGAUACGACGAUGACGGUACGGAGUACUAUCCGACGAAAUGUUUCUGAUUGUUUUUCUUCGGGAUCGGAAAGUGAUUUCUUCAGCUGGGAUGCUGCAAGUUGCAAUCACCACCACCACCACCACCCUGAACAUGGGUCAUGGUGACGAAGCUGG